GCAACAAUUGACGUUACUAUCUGCAGAACUUUAUUUAAAAUUUCAAUACUAUCUAUUUGAGAGUACCAUUUAAGUAUGGUUAUCAUGGAACUAGGCGAAAGCGUCGGCAGCUUGGAAGAGCAGGCACUUAAAAGGAAAGAAAGAUUAAAGAAUUUAAAACGGAAGAACCAUACAUCAGAAAAUGAAACUUCAGAUGCUUCCGCUGAGAAAGUUUCGUUACCAAAGCCAAAAUUUCGGAGCUACAAGCCGCAAGAUGAGACUCUUCAAGAGGCAAAGCUGGAGGAUGCUUUACCGCCAGCUGUAGAGGAUCAAGUGAAGGAUUUGCUAGAAGCUGGCAAAGAGAAGGUAGUCCUUCAAGACCUAGACAUAUCAAGUCUAGCGCCUAGAAAACCUGAUUGGGACCUGAAGCGAGAUGUAUCAAAAAAACUAGAAAAGUUAGAAAGGAGAACACAGAAGGCCAUAGCGGAGCUCAUAUGGGAGCGGCUCAAGCAGGGCAAGGAGGACAACCUGGGAGCCAUGAUCACUAUGACAGAUAAGCCUAGUACUGAUGAUUGAUAUGAUACAAUUGCUGUGUGUAGUAUGUAAGUAAUAUACAAUAUUUAUUAAGA